AUGGAAGCAGAUAUAUACAAACGUAUUAGAUUUGUUUUACAACUAAGUGAUCGGAAACUAUUUGAUGAUUAUUUACAAUCAUUAAUGGAUUACUUGCAAUCUUCAGAUUCAACAAAAUUAUUUGCUGAAUACUUCGAAAAAUAUUGGGUAAAUUAUAAACAAAUUUGGGCAUUUUGUUAUCGUAUGGGUCAUGGCAUAAAUACAAAUAUGUAUAUGGAAUCUUUCCAUAAGGUUUUUAAGUACAGUUACUUACAAGGUAAGCAUAAUAAAAGAAUUGACAAUUGCUUGUUUGCUUUGUUAAAGUUUAAUAGAGACAAAGUAUAUGAAAGAAUAAUAAAAUUAACAAAAGGGAAGAUAAGCUACAAACUAAAAAUAGUGCAUUCUAGGCACAUUGAAAGUCUACAACUGUGUGAAAAGUUUACCUUGGAUGAUAAAGGAGUAAGGUUAGUACAGUCAGAAUCAAAUGGUUACCAAUACAGAGUUUUAAAACACCAUGAAUUGUGUGAAAUAAAUGAGUGUCUUACAAUAUGUCCCGAAUGUAAAGUAUGUACUCGUUUAUAUAGUUGCGAUUGUAUGGAUUUUCAAACCAAAAAUAUCCCAUGUACACAUAUUCAUUUAGUACAUCGUCUUAGCAAUCCUAAUGUGUCUACAACAACUCAGCCUCUCGAUUUGCCAACAAAUUCAGUUGAAUUGGAAUUUAAAAUUAUAAAAGCUUGUGAACCUGGAUAUAUUAAUACUUUAAAAAACAACAUUAUUAAAAAUUUAAAAGAUCUCGUUAAUUUAGUUACUUUAAGUACAAUAUCCGAUGAGGAUGGUUUGCAGAGUUUACAGAAAAAUAUAUUGUUAGCUAAAAAUACUUUUUUAAGCCUAACAACAAAUAAGCAAAAUGAAUUACAUUUUAAAAAUAAUGCUCCAUCAAACAAAAGAACAACUAAGCAGUCACCAUUUUAUUCAACAAAAAAAAAAGCGGAAAACAUCAAACAUUAGACUUGCAAAACCUUCGGCAAAUAAAAUAAAUAGUUUACUCGAUUUUUCUAACUGGACAAAAAAAACAGAAUCUCCAUUCGAGUCAUCAAGUAAAUUUAAUGAAGGAAAACUUGACACAACAUCUAAUAGUGUUA